AUGUGUCCAGCCCCUCCAUGUGACUUGCAAGAAGAAGCCGACAAGGACUCGGGCUCGGCGGAGCAGGACGAUCGUCCCCUCCAAGCCUCCGGUGAGCUUCGUGUGUUGAGCAUGGCCGGUGUGGCAGGGGCAGUGGAGUCCACCGCCACCAUGCCGCCGACCUUGCUAACCUGCAGCAUCCUCCGCAGGGGCUACUCGGACGCCUGCGAGCGACUCUUGCGAGCCACGGCGUUCCAGGAGAUGGAGAAGGCCUUCACCUACUCCGACAUCGCCAACAGACCGCUGGAACAGGAGAGCCUCACGGACUUGGACAAGGACGAUAAAGUUGUGGCUCCCCAGCGAAACCCCGACGAGGAGCAUCUCGAUGUGCCAAGCACCGGGGCCACCAAGCUCCACCAAGAGUGUGAGGAUCCGGACGAAUCCGGAUCCGAAUGCUCAGACGAGCGUUCAGAUGAGGAGUCGGAAGAGGCCUCUGCAGAU